UUUCUAGUGCUUUUUUAAUCCCAUCUUAAUCAACCCCUUUUGUUUAUACAACACUCUUUUAGUCAUAUUCUUUUCUUCAAACUAUUUCUCAAUGAUUGAGUACAUUUCUUGCAAUUCAUUCAGCCCCUGAUACACAUUUUUGACAAAUCACACCAAUUAUCAUAUUCUGACAUUGGCUGCUAGUGUUUGAUCAUAAUUUUAUAGUUGAGUCUUUGACCAGACUUUUCUUUUACACUUUUAUUUAUGAGUAGGAGAAGAUAAGGUGGUAGUUCCAGGAAAGUUCAUCAAAUGGCAGAAUUGAUGGGAUCACGGGCAUACUGCUGCUUCAAGUGCCAGAACCUUGUUGCUUUCCAUGAUGAUAUCGUUUCCAAAGAUUUCCAGGGUUAUGUUCAACAGGCAAGCAAUGGCAGAGCUUUUCUGUUUUCUCAUGCCAUGAACAUUAUCUUGGGUCCUAAAGAGGAUAGGCAGCUUAUGACUGGUCUUCACACAGUUGCUGAUGUAUAUUGCUCUGAUUGUGGAGAGGAACUGGGAUGGAAGUACGUUAAAGCUUAUGAGCAAACACAGAAGUACAAAGAAGGGAAAUGUGUACUAGAGAAGUUCAAGAUAGUUAGGGGAAAUGCCUAGUGAACAGGUUUCAGUUCCAAGUUCUUUGAUCCUCAAUUAUUUCCACAGUUGUAUAGAUGUGAAUUGUUUCGUAAAGGUUGCUUGAUCAGAGAAAAAGGGGUUCCUUAAAAAAAACAUGAUUUAGUCACUGAUAAAACUUCUCAAGUUGUUUCAUGAUAUCUACCCAAAUGUGAACUGUUAAAUAGCCCUUGUUCAAACUGUGCAAAAAGAUUCAUUUUCAUGAAGAAUUACAAAAUUCAUUUA